AUGGCUCAUAGUUCAUCGCAGCACCAUGUUGCCCAAAGCUUCGAUAUCUUUGACGACGACCCGUCUCUAGCUAAGGACAGAAACUUCCCUGUCACUGCCACAGGAGGAGGCGACGUGCUUAGAGAGCUGUCGCAUGGCCAAAGUCAGCGUCGUGUAACGCCAGCAAGCGGAUUUGCUGUCAGCUCAUCAUUGGCAAAGAGUCCGCAAAGGGGAGCCGCAUCGCCUGAGAACAAGACGCCAAAUUCUCAGAUCGGUGGGCGAACAAGUCGUGCCCGACGUCCGCAAGUUGAUUCCGAGACAUUUGAGCCUCUUGGUGCUGUGCCAGAAGAAACUAGCAGCCUUAUAGAGAACGAAGAAGAUCUUAUUGCUAUUUCACCCAAUGCAAAAUCCAGUGAGGUGAAAGCAACACCACUUGACCUAGAUUCAUAUUCCAAUAACCAGAAGAUGGAUGGCCCAAAAGCCAUAAACAGUCCGGUCUCUGUGGGAAUGUCACAGGUGCCGCCUCCUCCAUAUCCCGGCACUCCCUUGAAAGUUCCCGAUGUUGUGAGCAUGGUAGAGCAAGCGCUCUCGCCGUCUCUCAGUGUCGUGAGUGAAAGAAGUCCAAGUCUUGCCGCUGGCUCAUCACGAACGGGGUCUUUUUCUAUCCCCCGAAUUGAGGACUCGCUGGAAGAACUAGACAGACUGGAAGAGGAACUUGAGGCAGUUCACGACCUCACCCGCACUCGCGCGCCUGCGGAUGCCAACGAGAAGGGCCCAAAAGUUUCCCAAUCUAACCCUGCCCCCAUUUCCGAUGUGAAAGCACCUACGGCGGCGGUGUCCAAGCGAGCCUCUAUUGCCGGGUAUUCUGCGACAGUUCGCGUCAAGCCUUCUCAGAAAGAGAGGCCAUCCUUGAGAAGGUCUGCAUCAUUGACGCUUCGGGAGAAGAGACAGGGGCAGCAGGGUUCUUCGGAAAGUCCCAAGCCAGAGGCCACCGUUUCUCGAGGUCAAUCGAGCAUCAGUCGCCUCAGCACACCCAAGUACCCUUUCAAGUCGGCCAAACCACCUACGGUGCCCAAAUUCGAGUUGCCCGGAGAAGCUGUUGCUCGACGUUUGAAGGAGCAGCGUGAGGCCCGCCAAGCCCAGCAGCAGGCGGCGGCCCAGAAAACUCAGGCUCCCGCUCCAAAGCCAAGAACCAACAAGCCUUUGCCAAAACCAACAUUUGAGUUGCCGGGUGAAGCCAUCUCACGGCGCAAACGAGAGGAACGAGAGGCGAAGCUCAAAGCUGAGGAAGAAGAGCAACGAAAGAGGCGAGAGUUCAAGGCUCGGCCUGUACGGCAAAGUAUUGGACCAGCCUCGCUUCCCCGUGAAACCUUGACCAGCCGAGCUCGUCAAAGCCGAGGCUCCCCGGAAACAAACGGUGAUAAUGACAAUCAGGUAGCCCAGCGAAAACGCAUGUCUGUCAGUACUGUUCGCUCUAGCCUAGUUUCGUCUCAGGUUGGAAGCUCCCCUCAGGCUAGGGGGCGGAACUCUGCAAUACUCAACAAUUCCGCUGCUGAAAUCAGUCGGGCAACAUCUACAUCGACAGGCAGUGUCAGCGGCAAACGAGUUUCGAUAUCACAGGAGGAACUACACGUGCAGAGGCAACGAGGGAAAGACAUUUUUACACGAGACAACUGUUAUACGCAAGACAGAGCACAAGGAAAGCGAGAGAGAGAAAUGGCGGCCAAGACAGCACGGGAACAAGCUGCUGAACGCUCUAGAAUUGCGAGUCGAGAGUGGGCCGAGAAGAAGCGUCGCAAAGAGUUGGCCGCAAAGCAGGGUAAAUCCGAUCAGGUCUAA